GCCUACAUCAAUCUGCAAGGGAGUUGCAGAAAAGCCUCAUGUUCAUCGAGCCGAGAUGAAACCAGACAAAGGGUGAAGUUUACAGACGAUCGUGUUUGCAAGAGCCACCUUCUGGACUGCUGUCCUCAUGAUAUCCUGGCCGGAACACGAAUGGACCUGGGAGAGUGUACGAAGAUCCAUGACUUGGCACUGCGAGCAGAUUAUGAGAUUGCAAGUAAAGAGCGAGAUCUGUUUUUUGAGCUGGAUGCGAUGGAUCACCUGGAAUCUUUCAUCGCAGAGUGCGAUAGGAGGACAGAACUGGCCAAGAAGCGCCUGGCUGAGACACAGGAAGAGAUCAGUGCUGAAGUAUCUGCAAAGGCAGAGAAAGUCCAUGAGCUGAAUGAAGACAUUGGAAAACUCCUAGCUAAAGCUGAACAGCUGGGAGCUGAAGGAAAUGUUGAUGAGUCUCAAAAGAUCCUGAUGGAAGUGGAGAAAGUCCGAGCAAAAAAGAAAGAGGCAGAGGAAGAAUACCGAAAUUCAAUGCCUGCAUCCAGUUUCCAGCAGCAGAAGCUGCGUGUGUGUGAAGUCUGUUCAGCAUAUCUGGGUCUCCAUGACAAUGACCGGCGUCUUGCUGACCACUUUGGAGGCAAAUUACACUUGGGUUUCAUUCAGAUUCGUGAGAAACUGGAUCAGCUGAGGAAAACUGUGGCAGAAAAGCAAGAGAAGAGAAACCAGGAUCGUUUGAGGCGGAGAGAGGAGAGAGAACGAGAGGAGAGAAUGGGCAGACGGUCUGGAUCAAGAAACAGAGACCGUCGAAGAUCACGGUCUCGGGAUAGGAGGCGAAGACGCUCGAGAUCAGCUUCCCGUGAACGGCGGAAGUCUCGCUCCCGGUCCCGAGACCGACACAGACGUCACCGGAGCCGUUCCCGCAGCCACAGCAGAGGUCACCGACGGGGGUCCAGAGACAGGAGUUCAAAACACAACAAGAGAACAAACAGAAAAACCCUGUUCCCUGAAAGAGAUAUGGCCCAAUCUUCUAGAGAUCGAUCUUCGAGAGAAAAGUCACGAGACAGAGAGAGAAAAGAGAAGAGCUCUUCUGAGCGGCGGCACGAGAGCACAAAUGGCAAAUCUCGUUCCAAGAGAUCAGAAGAGAGAGAAGCUGGCGAGAUCUGA